CUCUUCACAGUGAAACAAACGAUUGUUGUUUUACUCUUGAUCAAAAUAUUUUGAUCAGGGUAACGCAGAAAUACAUCUCAUAAUGAAGCUUCCGUUUGCUCUCUUCGCGACGCUUCUGGUUCUUUCGUCUGAUGCCGCAAUCUCUCCUUGGGGUGGCCAGGUUCCGCACGCGCCACGAACGGCACUGGCGUCAGUCUUGUCAGUCCGUGGCGGUAUGCAGCUGUUCGUAAAAACCUUGACCGGAAAAACUGUCAGUAUCGAGGUGGAGGAAGGCGAAUCAAUUGAAGAGGUCAAGGCCAAAAUCGCUGAAAAAGAAGGUAUUCCGGCGGAACAACAACGGCUCAUAUUUGGAGGACAGCAAUUACAGGAUGCUAAAACCUUGGACGAUUACGACGUUGGCGAUGACGCCACUUUGCAUCUAGUGCUGCGGCUGCGUGGUGGCGUGGUUAGCAGCGCCAGCAGUUUGGCGCGAAAGUUCUUAGGACGGGAUGUCGAACUCGUCGACGAAGACUUCGUCAAACAACACUUGCAGGGCUUGACCGAUGACGAUCGCAACUUGAUGAACGCGUUCGUGGCGACUUCUCGCAGCGAAAAGACGUCGACGGAGGGCUCGUCCACGGAUCCAUCCGAAACAGUGUCUACUACAGCACCUACUGUGGUCCGCCGGGCUCUCUAUUGGAUUGGUCAAGCCCCAAAGCGUAUGGAAGGAUCGCCCAUGGAGGAUGUCAUUUUGGCGAGCUCCCCGCGGCCAGGUGAAUUUGACUAUAAGGGCAAGCUUGUGGCAACUGACGGAAAAGGAAAGUCGACCAAACUGACCAAGCUUUUUAAGCGUCGAGAUAAUGAAAACAAACUAUACGAUGCGUUGACAAAGAUGAAGCUGGACACAUAAUAAGAUGGACAGUCAGCAAAAUGCGUCUACUUGACAACAGUAUUGCUUUCUUAUUUCAUUCGAGACUUCACAGCGUUAGAGAUUGCUUCUAUUGAUAAAAUAACAAAACAGCACGGAUAAAACAUGCAGUCUUCGUCAACUCCAAUCAUACGGAAUUACAAUCGACCCAUCGUCGGAUAAGUGACAAAAAUGUCCGCUGGCGGCAAUACCAAGCUGUUGUCCCGCUAACCGGUC